AUGACGCGCCCUAGCCACGAAAUCGGCCUCGCUCUCGGGACGCCACAGAAGCGGCUCCUCGUCGCGGCGACCGCAGGAGACCUCGCCCUCCUCGAGCGGACGGCGAGGAAGCUCGAUGACGGUCGCGGCCGCCUCGCGGAGGCGGUGGAAUCCGUCAAAGACCACGGCGUUGGGGCGCUGCACCUUGCCGCCGCGUUCAAGAAGGCGGAGGUGUGCGAGUACCUGGUCGAGGAUGUCCGGGUGGAUGUGGACGCCCUUGACAUAAACGGAAGAACACCUCUGGUUUGGGCAAUCACUUGUAAAGGUGGACGCGCGGAUUUGGAUAUUGUCAGGUAUCUUCUUGAUCACGGCGCCAACCCAGAUAACGUCGACAAAUCAGGGUUUACUCCUCUCCAUGAGGCCACCAAAGCAGGACACUGUGAAGUAGUAGAACUCUUGCUCUCUAGAGGUGUCUAUGUCGAUCCCUUUUCUACUGAGCAUGGAACACCGUUGCAUGUUGCUGCUAUCCAUAAACAGGAUGGCGCCAUGAAGAUUUUGUUGGAUCACCAUGCAGAUCCUAACAAGAUUCUAGGAUGUUUCAGCACACCUCUCAUGCUUGCUAUGUGUAGUCACUCAGUGAAAUGUGUAAACCUGCUGAUAGAGGCUGGUGCGGAUGUGAAAGGUAUGCGUACUACGACCCCCUUGCAAGCUGCUGCAAGAAAUGGCCUAACUGACGUCCUCAAGACCCUAUUGGAUGCUGGUGCAGAUCCCAAUGUUCGGAAUGAAUUUGGUCACUUGCCAAUACAAAUCGCGGCAUGCUUUGGUACACGUGAAGAUGUUGAGAUCCUGUUUGAAGUUACUACUUCUCGUAUUGAAGCUGUACAUGAUUGGAGCGUUGAUGGAAUAAUUAGUUAUAUAAAGUCAGAGCCAAAGUUGGAGGAUAACCCUUUGUCUAAAAUGUCAGUAGCUAAGUUAAAAGAAGAAGGAAACAAAGCUUUGGAUAAAGAUGACUACGAUGCGGCAUUAAAAUUCUAUAACAUGGCUAUGAUGGUUAAUACUGAAAAUUUAGAUGUGAUCUUGAUUGGCAAUAGGGGUUUUUGCCGGCUUCAUGUGGGCAAUGGAGAGGGUGCUUUAAAUGAUGCCCAAUUCUGCAGGACAAUGCAACCUGACUCUGCACAUCCAUGCUGGCUGCAGGGCUACUCAUAUGUGCAGCUACAGGAGUAUGAGAAGGCAUGCGAUGCAUUUCUUGAUGGUCUCAAAUUGAAGCCAGGAUUUACUGGAAUCGAGAAGGCGUUAAGGGAAGCUCUGAGAUUAUUGAAAGAAUCUCAUGCUGACAAGAAGAACGGCUUAGAAGUACAAUAUCGUGAAGCACAUGUGUUCCUUUGAGGAGAGCAUUUUGACUAACAAGUCUGAGGUCUCACUAUUUUUUUUGACAAAUCACUUGCUGCGUGCUAACGAACAUGGUGGUUGGUACCCUGAUAUGCUGUAUGUUCUUUUUGUGUCUGCCGCUGCAACCCUGAAGGCCUGAAUUUUGUUUGCCAUAUGCAUACUGAUCGUGUGGUGCAAGGAAGUAGAAACUGCUGUUGAGAUCUUCAACCUUGUGAUUGAUGUCGUCGUUCUCUGAGGUGACAUGUUAUUGAUUCAGCUGGGUAUCAGUUGAUUGGAACAUGAUCAUGUAUAUCAAAUCCAACGAGGGUUGUCAUC